GCUCCGAAGACGCAACGCUCAGAACUGAGGCAAUGUCAUCGAACUUAUGUAAUCGAAAGUAUUACAUCCACGGCCCAGCUGCUUAUGGUAUACGUGCAGCCUCAUAUACAGAUCUCGCCACGGUUGUUUUGUGCAUCGCUCAAUCGAUUCAGGAAAACGUCGAAGAUAUCCAGGAAAGCUUCCAUUUUCGAAGAGCAAUUGACGGCAGUAGAGGAAGAAAAUACUUUAGUACCGAUGAAGAUGGAUCGUACGAUAGGUAUGACUCAACGGAUGGUGACUACGACUCCAGUCAGGUAGAAUCGGGAUUUUCGGAUAUCAGAUCGAACGUACCUGGUGAGCCAGGUGUCAAUUAUCCAACCUACACCAGCGUGCCGAAAACAAGAUUCUCCUGUCAGGGUCGGAUGCCGGGUUACUAUGCUGACGAGGAAGCUGGAUGUCAGGUUUUUCACGUAUGUCACAAUGUGGUGGUUUCUUCGUUCGUCUGCCCAGUUGGAUCAAUUUUUUCACAAACUUUACUUACCUGUGAUUGGUGGAGUAACGUAGAAUGUGGAGUGCCCAAUGAUGAUCAUUUUCUACACCAACAAAUAUAUCAUAACGAGGAACAAAUGAUCCAAAAAGCGUACGAAAUGAUGCAGCUGCCAAAGCCGAACAGUGGUGGAAGUGAUCAACAAAUCAGAGGAAGACAACUAAACAUUGUGAAAGUUGCAGGCAAAGAAAACGACAAAACAAAUAUCCGUGAAAGGAUUGCAGUAUCGAGUGAAAGAGACCCUCCAAAUCAUGGAAUCUUCCAUACAGAACAGCCUCCACUGCAAGAAAAUUCUCGAUUGAGAAAGAACAAUGACGGUGUUAAUGACGAUUACACUCCAGCUAAGCAGAAUUUGAUCAAUAUCCGGCUUCGGCCGAAAAACUUUCAGAUCAAUCGUCCGGGCGAGGAUUCCAGAUUAAACGAUCGAGCGAAAGAUUCAUCAGUUAUCUACAUUCAAAGAAGUGUCAACGAUGACUCUCAGAAUGUUUAUUCAACAGUGCGACCAAUUAUAAUACAAGAAAAUUUUCAAAACUCUGAUAACCACGAUAUUAACAUUUACAAAGAAGAAUUUCAGCCAUCCUAUGCUCCAACUGUUCCAACGGUUACCACAACGACACGAAAAUUAUACUCACCCACGGUACCUGUAACUACAUACAGACCUUCUACGGCAGCUUACAAAAAUGAUGAUCAAGACUUGGGAAGCUCAGAUCAUCUUUACAUUCACGGUAAGAAUAGUAACAUUUUGACAUCGCAAUCAACGACAAUUCACGAAGAUCGUAAAUCGGAAAAUAAUAAUUCCAAAAAUUCAGCCAUCUUGAAUAGUGAACCAAGUGAGCAAUCAGAUACCGCAAAUCCAAUUACCGCAGACAAGAAGCACCGUGAAAUUUUCGCAAAAGCUGUUCAACCGACGGAGAGCUUUGGGUCGGGGGUACAAGAUUCGUAUUUUUCAAACCCUAAAUCGAACAUUGGAAAUACCACAGAGGAAGUCGAAAUAGUGCCAUCGAUUUUCAAUUCGGAAUCAUAUAGUCAUGGACAAAAUUAUCGUCACUUUUACGCUGAACAGGAUUCGUUAAGUGAUGAAUUCCACGCACGAGUUACUGAGAAAAGGGAAGGUUUUUUGGUCGACAAUUACCCAAAUGCUGCGCUGCAAAUAGGCUUGGUAAAUGAUUCCAACAAAGAGAACAGUGACAUGCUUAAUUCCCCUGGCAAGAUACCACCGUUGAUUAUUCAAAUUCCACGACCUUCGGGGUCAUCAGAUUCGUCUUCUACCAAUAUUCGUGACCAACUACUCACUUUCGAUAUGUUCAAUAUGUCGCUAGCUCUGGUACUUCAACCUCCGCGAGAGGGAGGAUCGUUAGGAAUGGAUUCUAAGGAUACUAUGAGUGUAAAUGUAACUCCUGAAGGACCCAAUAUGAUUCCACUGUUGAUCCCUCCAAGUUCGCCACCUAUACUAUCGUCAGGAAUACGAUCUCCAGGGAUAAUCGAUGACGAAGAUAGCUCCAAUGAACCACGCAGCUUACCACCUAUUUCUGAAAUUGGAUCAUCAGGGAUGGUUACAGUUGACGUUGAUAGUAGAGUAAGGACUUCAUCAUCCGAGAAAAAUGUAUUUAACAUAUCGACCAGGAUACCACCUCUGAUUUCUCAAUCUUCGGAAGCACCAAGUAGGAAGCCAGCUUUGAUCUGGCAAGUAUUACAAUCAGUUGAAAUACCAGGGAUAGAUUCAAAACUUUUUACUGAUGAAAUGAAAAUUUCUCAAUCCUCUACUAGGAUACCACCACUGAUUCCUCAAUCUUCGGAUUUAAACAACGACUCAAGUAUAUUUGAUCAAUCAGUCACGAUACCACCUCUGAUAUUUCAAUCUUCUAGCGUUAACAACGAUAAACCUGCGUUUGAUACAUCAACGAGAAUACCACUGCUGAUUUCUCAACCGUUAAACUCCAACAAGGACGCCAAUGUAGCUGAUGCACCGACCGGGAUGUCUCUUUCAAUCUCGCAAAUUUCACCAUCAGCCGGAUUGCCAGGAUUAGUUUUAACGGAUACUGUUGAUAGACCACAGACGCCUCAGCCAUCUGAUACGAUACUACCUUUGAUUCCACAAUCUUUGGAUACGAACAGCGAUCGAAAUCUGUUCGACGCAUCAACCAGAGUUCCACCUCUGAUCGGACAAACCUCACAACUCGCCGGUUUGCCAGCGGUAGGUUUAUCGGAUGUUACCGAUAAAACACAGAAUUCUCAACCACCUACUAACAAUAAUAAUAAUGAAAAUAUAUCUGAUGCACCAGCCAGGAUGCCUCCUUUGAUUUGGCAAAUCUCACAACCAGCCGAAUCAGUAAGGAUAAAUUCAACGGCUCUUAUCAAUCGAACACAGGUUUCUCCAUCAUCUAAUAGCAUACCGCCUUCGAUUGAACAAUCUUCAAAUGUAAAUAACGAUAAGAACGUCUUUGAUACAUCAACCAGGAUACCGCCGUUGAUCACACAAACCUUGGGUGCAGUCUCGACGGAUUCUGCUGACAGGAUAGAGACAGAUACGUCUCAAUCAUCUAAUAGCAUACCACCUUUGAUUCCACAAACUUCAGAAGCGAAUAAUGACGAGAAUAUCUUUGAUACAGCUACCGGGUUACCACCUUUGGUCACACAAACUACGGGUGUAGCCUCAAAGAAUUCUGCUGACAGAACAGAGACUUCUCAACCAUCUGACAGUAUACCACCUCUAGUUUCACAAUCUUUGGAUGCAAACAGCGAUCGAAAUGCGUUUGACGCAUCAACCAGAAUUCCACCUCUGAUCAUACAAAUCUCACGACCCGCCGGAUUGCCGGAGGUAAGUUUAUCGGAUGUUACCGAUAGAACACAGAUUUCUCAAUCACCUACUAGGAUACCACUGGUAAUUCCGCAAUCUACGAAUCCUGGUAAUAACGAAAAUAUUCCUGAUGCACCAGCCAGGAUGCCUCCUUUGAUUUGGCAAAUCUCACAAUCAGCCGAAUCAGUAAGGAUAAAUUCAACGGCUGUUGUUAAUCGAACACAGGCUUUUCAACCAUCUAAUAGCAUAACCCCUCCGAUUCAACAAUCUUUAGAUGAAAAUAACAAUGAGAAUGUCUUCGAUACAUCAACCAGGAUACCACCUUUGAUCACAGAAGUCUCAGGUGUAAUGGCAACGGAUUUUGCUGACAGAAUAGAGAGUUCUCGACCAUCUAACAACAUACCACUUCUGAUUUCACAAUCUUCAGUUACAAAUAAUCAUGGGAACAUCUCUGAUAUAGCUACCAGGGUACCACUCUUGAUCACACAAACCUCGGGUGGAGUCUCCACGGAUUCUGCUGACAGAACAGAGACAGAGAGUUCUCAAUCAUUUGACAGUAUACCACCUCUGAUUCCACAAUCUUCAGAAGCGAAUAAUAAUGAGAACAACUUUGAUACAGCCACCAGGGUACCGUCCUUGAUCACACAAAACUCAGGUGUAGGCUCGACGGAUUCUGCUGACAGAACAGAGACCGAGAAUCCUCAAUCAUUUGACAGUAUUCCACUUCUGAUUCCACAAUCUUUAGAUGCGAAUAAUAAUGAGAACAACUUUGAUACUGCCACCAGGGUACCGUCCUUGAUCACACAAAACUCAGGUGUAGGCUCGACGGAUUCUGCUGACAGAACAGAGACCGAGAAUCCUCAAUCAUUUGACAGUAUUCCACUUCUGAUUCCACAAUCUUUAGAUGCGAAUAAUAUUGAGAACAACUUUGAUACAGCCACCAGGGUACCACCCUUGAUCAUACACGCCUCGGAUGUAGUCGCAACGGAUUCUGCCGACAGAACAGAGAAUUCUCAACCAUCUGACAGCAUACCACUUCUAAUUCCACAAUCUUUAGAUGCAAAUAAUGAUAGGAACAACGUUGAUACAGCCACCGGGGUACCGCUCUUGAUCACACCAACCUUGGGUGUAGUCUCCACGGAUUCUGCUGACAGAACAGAGACAGAGAGUUCUCAAUCAUUUGACAGUAUACCGCCUCUGAUUCCACAAUCUUCAGAAGCGAAUAAUAAUGAGAACAACUUUGAUACAGCCACCAGGGUUCCGCUCUUGAUCACACCAACCUUGGGUGUAGUCUCGACGGACUCUGCUGACAGAACAGAGACCGAGAAUUCUCAAUCAUUUGACAGUAUUCCACCUCUGAUUCCACAAUCUUUAAAUGCGAAUAAUGAUAAGAACAACUUUGAUACAGCCACCAGGGUACCACUCUUGAUAACACAAACCUCGGGUAUAGCCUCGACGAAUUCUGCAGACAGAACAGAAAAUUCUGAACCAUCUAUCAGCAUACCACCUUUGAUUCCACAAUCUUCAGCAGCAGAUAAUAAUGAGAGCAUCUUUACUGUAGCCACCAGGACACCAUCCUUGAUCACACAUACCUCGGAUGUAGUCUCGACGAAUUCUGCUGACAGAACAGAGACACAGACUUCUCAAUCAUUUGACAGUAUACCACUUCUGAUUCCACAAUCUUUGGAUGCCAACAAUGACAUGAAGGUGUUUAAUACACCGGCCAGAAUGCCAUUCUUGAUUCCUGAAUCUGUAAAAUCCAUGACGUCGUUCACUUCACAGAACCCAAGUGCAGUCAGUAAUCAAAAUGUGGCUGGAAAACCAUCCAAGAUACCACCGAUGAUUUCUCAAAUCCCGCAGGGAGGGGAUUCAAUGGUUGUUAUCGAUCGACCACAGACUUUUGACACGUCUACUGCGAUACCUCUUCUGAUUCCUCAAACUUCUAAAUCUACAGAAUCACCAGUGACACAAUUUCCGUGUUUGCUUACUGGAAUUAAUAGUGUAUCAUGUAAGAAUCCUCCUCUGCUCUCUGAAACUCCAGAGUCUCGAAACUCAUCAGAGGGUGUCCUAGUGAACAAUUCUGACAAAGAACAUGUUGCUUCUUCAUCACCAUAUAUACCGGCAUUGGUUACUGACGUGCUGCAACCUCCAAAGUUACCAAAUAUAGAUUUGAUGGAUGUUUUUAAUCGAGGACCAGCCGUACUUCCAUCAACUGAAGCACCGCCUCUAGUCCAGACUUCAAACCCUCGUGAUCCAUGGGCCGUACCGUUGCAUGACUUAUCCAACUCUCUUCAUCCAUCGUUUAGUUCUGCACAAGGAAAGCACUACCUAUCUCCAUUCGAAUAUCAGAAGCCCAUAUCGUUCAACUCCGGCCAGAUACCACAGCAGCAACCAGGAGAUCAAUUUGCAAGACAACCUCUGGUGAAACAUCUCACCUACGAUUCAAGUGUGGGGAAUUUGGAAACUAAGAAUAGCCAAUUUGCUGUUGUGUCCAGUACCAACAAGGAAUCAUCAACAACUAGCUAUCCAAAUAUCGCCUUCACUCCAUUUCCACUCAGAUUUGAUAAUCCCUUCCUCAUCCCAAGCGGAAAAAAAUUAGAAGUGCACACAUCUGAUGCUCGGGGGACCAUCUCUCAAGGAUUGAUUCCGGCUGAUUGUAACGAAAAUAUGAGUUUUCGAACAGACGGAGCUUCGUUGUGCUCUCAGUUUUAUACUACUCCGUCGACUUUCAUUUCACAAGCUGUUGAGUCAUCACAAGAUACACGAGGCCAAAAGACCAUCGGACUGCAAAAUUCAAAACCAGCUGAUGAAUCGGCAAAUUUGUUUAAUUCGGCAAUUGUUCCUCAUAACGCAUAUCGGGAAAAUGUCGCAGCCAAUGUUUUCAGGGAAAUAACCGCUGUGGAAAAUAAUGAACGUUUUGAAUCCAGCACACCCAAGAAUAUCCUGGAUCUAUCUGGUUUAACGACCACAGGAAAACUUGACGCAUCCAACAAGGAUAUUUUGCAGGCUCUUCGACCAAACACUUCACCGGCUGGCCUGCCGGUCAGCUUAAGCCAAAUAGAAGAUUCGAUCAACAAUAGUAAUGAUUUGCCAUACGAGAUUUCCUUCACGAUCAACGCUGGUGACGACUUUAAUCCAUCGGAAGAUUUCAUAAGCAAACUUCUUGCGCAACACCGGAAUAACGCGUCGCCUGGUUUCGCUGGCUUGGAAGGUUAUGAAAUCAUUAGGUCUGAUGAUAUUGAAGGUUCAGUGAACGAAAAGAAUUUGGAGCCGACUAUAGCACCAACUAUAGCACCAACUAUAGCACCAACUAUAGCACCAACUAUAGCGCCAUCUAUCGAACCAACUAUAACACGCUCAAAGUCAGUCGGCAAUCGCGCUGAAGCAAUAGACUCAGUUAAAUCGGAAGUCUUGCCACGACCGUUCCCCUUCCGAACCGACCAGGGCGUAGCAUUGAAGCCAAGACUGAAUUCGCAAUUUGACUAUCUUUCCAUCCUCAACCAACAAUCCUCGGCGAGCAAUCAUGACGUGAAUCCUUUAGCGACAGAUAUAAAUGGCUCCUUGGAAUCACUCUUUGCUUCGGCGCAGAAGACGGCCGUAACUUCUACCCCAUCAAGAGAGCAGCUUUUAGAAGAAUUAACGAAGAAUUUUGGACAACCCUACUUCUCGUUUGACACUCGCCAAAGUUACUUUACCCCACUUACACCUUCUGCUAAUAUAAAUUACAAUCUUCCUCCACCGUUUGUCAAUUUAGAGCAAUUUCGAAGCGGUAAGAAAGCCUCUGUUUGGCAGUCGGCUCCUAUUAGUCCUGAGACACCGAAAACUUCAACAACAACAACAACAACAACAACGCCUAAGCCCAUCAAGACAGUCGUAGAGACGGAAUUUAUUCCUUCGUUGAGUUUUUCGUUUGACUCUGCCCAUGAGCGAAGGGAAUACGUAGAUGCUGUACUGAACGGAUUUGUGACCGAAAACAAAUUCAGUGACCCCUGGAGCGAUAUUGCAAGUACCUACUGGGAAUCGAGUCAAACUUGAAAAUCUCGAAACUUUAAUAAUAAGAUGGGGUUGACGUAGUAUCAUAGGUCAAGCUAGGAUGCAUGUGUAACUGUAACAUAUGGCCUUACUUUACAUACUAUAUUGAGUAAGAAUUUGUACAUAUAUAUUAAGUGAGUGUAUAUUGUAAUAACGUUUUGUACGAUUUAUUGAAAUUAGAAAUUAAGUUAUAUACGAAAAUUUAUUUCUUGUUUAAGUUCUAUUUCCUUCAUCUUUGAGAACUUCUACACAGAACGGCAAAGGAAUUGAUGCACUGUAAAUAAAAUGACUCUCUAGCAUGGUGUGGUCAAUCACCACGAAGGUAUUUCGAGUUAUUUCAGCUACUCAACUGUGUAAAAGACAAUCACAUAAAAGAAUUUAAUUUAAUUU